CUGCAAAUCCAAAACCCUCAAGAGUCUUGUUUGGCAAUGGGUUUUAUUAAAGGCAGCUUUUCGUUCAUUGUAGGCACAGCUUUCGGUGUGUACGUAGCCCAAAACUACAAAAUGCCCAACGUUAAGAAGCUCGCUUCCACCGCCCUUUCCAUGGCCAACCACGUCGAACACACUUACAGGAAACCCAAGAACAAAGACGAUGAUUCUUGAUUUGUCCCCUCUCGUUUUUCUUUUUGUUAUGCGUUUGUCACGAACUUGCUCAGUGCUUCAUUUUCUGUUUGUUAGGAAAUUUAUACACUUUUACUGCCUCUUCUUUAAGUUUA